AGUUCAGUCCAGCGAUAAUAAUGACCCAACUUGGCAAAUUAAGUUUUGGCAAUGUAAUCAGCUCAGGCGUGAUGAUCCCUGCAGCGAUAUUUUAUGCUCAGAAUGAAGCAGCAGUUUGUGAUAUUCCAGCUCGAGACUACAUCGCUGCGUAUUUUGUGAUCUACUUUCUGAUGUUUCUCUACAGAUCUAUUGUGUUGUGAUUGCUCAUGUUGACCCAGAAGUUUAAUCCCUUGAUAUUCUCUUUAAAUCUAGCCCUAUUCUACACAUGAGGGACAGUCUUCUUUAUUUUCUUCAUGAAUGACUUCUUCAGCGAUCAUAACUGUAGGUCAGUGGCGAAUAAUUUAUGGAAAUCCAUGAUCUGCAUCGUAAUUGAUGGAUUUGUGUGGUAUAUUCUAACACUUAUUCAGUGGUUCAUUACAGGAUUUUUCGCUAUGAGCAACUCUAAGAGUCUUGUUUAAACCAAUUCUGGCUGAAGAACCAGCCAAUAUCUUCUGAUGAAGUAAAUAAGUUAAAUCUUAUAAAUCAAAAGUGAAUUAGGAGU